AUGUCUGUCAUUCAGAGAUUCCAAAUCAUAUUCGCGCUUCUAUUCCUCGCGUUCAUCCUCCCCAUCAAUGCUUACCUCGGCGAGAGCGGUGGUCAAGUUGUUCGUGGUCUUGAAUGGUCUAGUGAGUCCACUUUCUGCACCGAUGUGUCCUCUGGUCCAGUAGAGACCAUCGUCCCCACAACCGUUCCUGCCUAUGCUUCUACGACUAAACCAACUCCCUACACAUCUUCUGCCUCCGAGACUAAACCUUCCGCCUACACAUCCUCUUACCCCAUCUCGUCCCUCGUCCCAACCACCACCUCAAUCGCUGUAACCACCCAAACCACCACUUCAAGCUCCGAUAUUGUAACUCUCACCCCACUUUACCCCACCACUUCCGCUCCGGCUUCCUCCUCUACUUCCUGUUCUGAGAGUUCUAGUCCAUACACUAGCACUACUACAAUUCCAUCUACAACACUCACCACCACCACCUCCGUUCCUUCUCCCUUGUCUUAUUCUUCAACCAAGACUUCAACCAAGAGUUCGGUAUCAGCAUACACAACCCAAACCCCAUCUGCUACUACCAGCAGCCCUGCCAUCCAAACUGGUGAAGCCAUGAAGAUCAAUCAGCUUUCAAGUGGUUUGAUGGCGGUUGGCUUCGCAGCUGCAUACUUUGUCAUCUAA